AUGGCAGCGGACUCGGCGACGUUCUUCAUGGUGAUGGCUACCGGGCAACUAGAGUGCGCGGACAUCCCUGAUUGCAACAACGCCUACUGCAAGUUCAUGCUCGUGCACGGUGAUGAUUGGCACGUGCUUGAUGGCGUGGAGGAUGGUAUCACUCAGAUCACGAGAAAGUCGUCUGGCCCAAACGCGCAGCUUGUGUGGAAUUUCCCCAUUGACGUUACUUACAAGAGCACCAAUGCUUUUGGCUGGCCUCAGCUUAUUCUCAGCAUCUUCGAGGUCGAUGCCCUCGGCCGUGACGUCAUCAAAGGGUACGGGUGUGUCCAUCUUCCGACAGCUGCCGGGAGGUACGUCCGAAAGGUCCGGCUCUUCCGGCCGCUCUCCUCCUCUCUCAUGCAGCAGUUCACGUCCUGGAUCGCGGGCAUGCCCGCCGAGUUUUCGGACCCCAAGUUUCCGGCUUCCGGGGAAGGGCGAGAAGUAACGCGAGUACGAUCGACCGGCACAGCACUCGUGCAGCUUAACAUCAUCACAAAGGACAUGGCUACCUUUGGAUAUUCGGAGGAGGCCGGUCCAGCAGACCAGCGGAAUGAAAGGAGCGGCUUCUGACCAGUCAGCGAACACAAAUAAACUCCUUCACAACACUUGCAAAAGGAUGGAACCAAGGAGCGACCGGUCAUCAAGCAGCAGGGAGGCGGAACGGCACGAAAGCUCUCGCUGCUUUGAGCAGACGAAUCCGAUUGAGCACGAUAUGCGGACUCGAGCAAGUGCGGAGACACUCUGCCUCACAAGCAAGCAACACAUUGUAAUGAGGGAGAUUAGAACAGCAAGGGAAUGCGUCCGACGGGAUGUCAUGAGCAAGCAAGCCUGCUUGAAGCGGACGGAAAGGGUUUAGUCAAGUGUUGUGCGAGCCGAGGCAUACUGCAGGUCGGAACAGCAGGAAAGGCUUGUUUAUGGUAGGACACCCUUGCGUCCUUCCCGAGGAGGAGCUCACUCGCCCGACUGUCACCGCUUCAAGACUGAGUUGAAAGGGUCCUCUUUGACAUUGGACAAAAAGCUCUUAGACGGGAAACAUAUGUAAGGGGAUUGACGAGCCUUAUUAUGCAGAACAGAAAAACAUCUCUGAAGUUGCCGAGGGCACCUUAAAAUUGUACCCGAGUAUAAAGGGAGAGGCCAAUCCUGCAGGCGGGGCAGACAUUGUGACAUUUGGUGAAGGAAGGCUUAAUUGGAUAGAGGUGCUAGACACAAAUCCCAGUGGGAUUGACGUCUCAUGCCUGUAAGGCAAAGCGAAUUGAUCUAACGACACCGGGGUGAGUGCCAAGCGGGCCAUCAGCAGGUUGGAACAAAUGUAUUUGAUUGGACUAUCGUCAGCUUGACAUACAGAGCUUUUGAGUGUGAAAGUGUACAUAGACGUCGCCAU